CAUGAAGUUAUGCACGACCGAUGAGUGAUAGCCAUAUUCAAGUGCAUCCGGUGCGAUAGGCCUUAGUGAGACUGCUAUGCAUCCUUUGUUUCGUGAAUCGUGUUAACAGAAUCCCCCCUCUUUCAAAGGCCCAAACCCUUCGUAGUAGUCGUAAAAUCAAAACCCACACAACCUACACAGGCGAAUAUGGAUGCUUACCAACAGCAUCAUAGGUACAUGAGACCACCGCAACAGCAACCGCAACAGCCACCGCCACCGCCACCUAUGCCACCUUCGGCUGCGGAUCCCCACCAUUAUCUCCACCAUCAACCUAGACCCCCGUUUCCUCCACAAGGCACGUGGUACUCCAACCAAUUCCAGUACCACCCACCACCACCACCUCCACCUGCAACAUCUUCUCACUCUCCAUCUCCUUCACCUUCUCAACAGUGGGCCGUGUCCCCGCACUCUGACCAUAUCGCUCCACCCCCUCCUCCUUCCUCUGCUUAUCCUCCUCCUCCUCCUCCACCCCCGUACACCUAUCCAUCUCACCUCCCACCUCAAAACCACCAGUUCCCUCCUCCUCGCCCUCAUUUACCUGGUCCUCCUCAUUCUCAGAUUCCCCAACCUUACGCUCAGGUUAAUCAAGAAUGGGGAAAUCAAAACUGGGGGCAACAGCAAAGUUGGGAUUAUCAAGCCCAUAACAAUGUGGAGGACUGGGCUGCUAGAGCCAGAGCGUGGGCAGCACAAAAAGCAGCCAUGGAGGAUCACCAUUCUCAGUCUCAAUUUACGCAGGCUGGCAGAACAGAAGAACAAAGUCGGUUUCAUGACCAGUACCCUCAAGCUGCUGAUUCUCAUUAUCAAGAUAUUCAGCAACAACCAUUCCAUUCAUCAGGCUAUCAACAGUAUCAAGUUUCAGCAGCACCUGUUCACCAGCCAUCAAUAGCUUAUUCACUAGAGAAUGCCUCUUUCAAUCAUGGACAAUCUUCUAAUGCUUCUACUGAAGGGGGUAUGUCUUACAUUCUUGGAGGUGGAACUUCAGCUGGAGCACCAACUACAAGUCCAUCUGUUCUUCAGCAGGAGGUACCUUCUAGUUAUUCUUCUGUUACAGGUAAAGAAGAGACCAUAGAUCAAAAGGAUCAGGUGUACAAAUCUUCGCCUUUGCUCAUAUCCUCAACUCCAGAAGGACACCAUCGUAUGCAACCAUCAUUGCCUGCUGUUGGUGGAUCUGUUAUGACUGAACAGUCAUUUGCAUAUGGCAAUCCAGGAGCUGACCACGCUGUCGACCCUAGCAAUCAGCCAUUAGAAUUUGCACCCAGUUUUAUCCGUAAUCAUGACCCACAUAUGCAAUCCAGUUAUGCUGCUCAUCAUGAUUCAGCAGGAAAUGUAAGAGGCCUUGGCCCCGUCACCCCAUUAUCUUCGGUUAACUCUUGGAAUCCUGCUGUUGCAGCUGGUGCUGUUUAUUCGUCAAUCCCUCCAGGUGUGCCAUCAGUGCCUCAGCAUGAUUCUUCUGUAGCCAUACCUUCUCCUGUUCCUGGACAUGCUGCGCCACCAUUUGGAAGCUUCCCUGGAUCAAGUUUUCAGCCAACAAUUCCAUCUGCUGCAUUGCCUUAUGGUCUUGGUCCAGGAACUUCAAUUCAUCCUACAACUGGCUUUCCAGGUGAUGCUUAUGGUGUUUCUAAUGUUUCUGAGCGGCCUAAAAAGGUUUCUGUUCCCAAUUGGCUAAAAGAAGAAAUAAUAAAGAGUGCGUCUGUUAUCACGAGGUCAUCUUUAGAACACCCAAAAGAGGAAACAAAGUCCAUUGAGGAUGAAGGUGUUGAUAAACCUUUUGGGAAGGGUGACCAAGCAGAUAGCAAAAGUAUUGAUUCUUUUAGGUCGACUGAAGAAGAGGAUGAAGAUGAGGACGAUGAGGAAACUGCAAGAACUGCAGCUAUUAAUCAAGAAAUAAAACGUGUUCUUACCGAAGUUCUUUUAAAGGUUACUGAUGAGCUUUUUGAUGAAAUUGCAACGGAAGUUCUUAAUGAAGAUGAUCUUCCUAUUGGAGGUGAGCAGAAUACUUUCUCCUCAAAUCAUAAGGUAUCUCCAUCUCCUCCAGAAAUCCCAACUCCUAAGGCAUCUGCAAAGGUUCUAGUUCCAGUUAAAGCCAGAGAGUCUGAUACUGAAGAUGUCAGUGAAAAAUCCAGUUCUGGGGCCCCUGGAAAUGUGUUGGGUCUUGCUAACUAUGCAUCUGACGAUGAAGAUGAUGAUGAUGAAAUCAAGAGUUCCAGCAUGUUAAGUUUUAGGAAAAAUGAUGCACUUCAGCAAUCUAGCAUUCCAAAGUUUUCAGAAGACAUGCAUGACCCAGCUGAAAAUGGCAAUGUACCGAUAGAACAAGGAAUGAACAUUACAGGACAGACAAAUUUGGAGAGGAAAACCAGUUCAAUUGAGUCCAAAAAUGCUGCUAGUAGUGGGUUUAGGGAAACCAAGUUACUUUCUGGAGCUAGGGAUGUUGAAAUUGGUCCUGGUAGUGAAAAAGCAGUACAUAUGAAUAAUGAUUCUGGUUUGAAAGCUACUCAUGGAGAAAAGGUUACGGAUGUUCAGAUUAGGGAAAACAGGAUGACAUUAAAUGAAGAUCACCGACAUGAAAGUAAAAAGAGUUAUUCUGGAAAGGACAUUGAAGAGGCAGAGCAUGGGAGUAAGCCAGGUGAGAAAGCUGACAGUAACCGUAAGAAACAGGAUGAGAGAAACCUAAGAAAGGAAAAUACAGAUGAUCAAAAUGGCUCAAAAGAAAGAAUGAAAGAGCAAGGUGAUAAGGCUGCAGAAAAAGGAAAAGAACCUGAAUCAAGAAAAAGAUCAACCCGUCUUGAUGUCAAGGAGGAUAGGAAAGGGGGAGACAAAAUUCAUAGAUCAAGUACUAAAGAAGAUAACAACAGAAAAAGAGGACGAGCAAAAGAUAAGGAGGAAGAUGGAGCAAGACAUAAGCGUACUAGUGAGUCGAGCAGGCAUAAGAGAAGGCGCUCCUCUUCAACUAGCAGUAGGGGCAGGAACAGCAAGGACAACGAUUCAGUUGAUGAAGCAUCGGAUGAUUCUAAGAGAAAACAACAUUCAAGAAAGCGGAACUUAUCACCAUCACCUGUCAGGUCUAGAAGAAGACAAGUUUCGCGGUCACCUCAUAGCAAGCAUUCACAGCGCAGGCAUUCUCCCUACUCUUCUCUUGAGUCUUCCAGGUAUGUUGCUGUGCAGUCUGUAAGAUUAAGAUUGGGAAGGAGGUCGAGGUCCAAAUCACCUGCAAUGAAAUACAAGUUGGAGGCUCUUGAAGAUCUGCCGAGCUGUGAAAUUAACCAAUCAACCCUAAAGGCAGGGAUAAGGACUAACGUACAAAAUCGAAGCAAUGGAGGAAGGCCUCUGGCAACUCGGGUGGGUCUCUGGUCCGUUUGGCUAUAUGGGCUUGUUCUUAUUGCUUUCUCUUUGUACACUACUCAGAUGUUACCUUCCUUUAACGAUGAUGAAAUUCAAACGUCGAUCGUCGAUUUGGGCAAUCCUAAAAUUACAAUCUUUUCAGCUCCUCUUCCUUUUUCUGGUUCAGCUAAGGAUAGGCAGAGUCUUGCUAUUCGUUCUUGGCUUGCAUUAUCUUCUCAAAUCACUGUCAUUCUUUUCACCCAAGAUUCUUCUGCUGUUUCUUUUGCCUCUGCCUUUGGUUUACGGGUUUUAGUCGAUUCCAGUAUCGAUUUCACGUUUUUCGGUACCCCUUUCUUUCAUUCAAUGAUUGAAAGAUCACGGGAAUUUGAAACAGACGUAUCUGUUUCUGUCAACCCAGAGACUGUUCUUUUUCCUGAUUUCAUUUCCACCUUAAAUCAUGCUUAUAAACUUGACCAAGAUUGGCUUCUUGUGGCUUCAACGCGAAAUGUUUCUCACUUCCCUUUUCAAUUGGAUGAUUUUGGGAGACAUUGGCUAAGAGAGGAUGGUAAAUGGAUUAGACCUCAGGAGUUGCAGGAGAUGCUGCUUGGUCAGAAUUGGGAAUGGAGUCAUUCUGAUGAUAAAAUGAUUAUGGCAUGGAACAGCAAAAAUGUACCUUUACAUAAUGGAGUACUACCUCCUUUUUUGUAUGGAAAAGGGAUUCAUAAUCACUGGGUCUUUAAUGAGGCCGCAUUAUCUGAAUUCCGGUUUGUAUUUGAUGCAAGUUGGGCUAUGUCAAGUUUCUAUCUGAAUGAUCAUGGAUCUCAGUCUAAUAAGUCUGUGAAGGACUAUGGUUUUUCACAUAUUUUAAACAGAAGCUGGGAAAAUGUUGGGAAUUCUCAUCUUGGUGCAGCAUAUGGGUCAUUAUAUUUCCAUGAAAUUAAUUAUUCUAGCUUAUUAAAACUUGUGAAAUGUGAUGGGCAAUAUCUUUUUGUUGACAUAACUGAAGACGUUGCCUAUCCAUUUAAGGACCAGGGACUGAGGAAUAGAAGGGUUUUGCAUUCCAGGACAAAAAAGAAAAAUAUUGCUUGUGUUCACAAUAUUAAAUCACAAGAAAGAAUGGUAGAUUGCUCUUUGAGAGAUCAGUUGAACUAUUUGGCACCAUUAGAUUUUCCAUUUUCCUUAGAGUCACUUCUUUCAGCAACUGCAGAUAAGAAUAAAACAAUUGUGCUUGCUGUUGCUGGGUAUAGUUACAAGGACAUGCUAAUGAGUUGGGUGUGCAGACUUCGCCACCUCCAAGUCACAAACUUCUUGGUUUGUGCGCUUGACCAUGAAACUUAUCAGUUCUCUGUCUUACAGGGCCUACCUGUUUUCCAUGAUCCAUCAGCUCCGAGUAACAUUAGCUUUGAUGAUUGCCAUUUUGGAACCAAAUGCUUUCAGAGGGUGACCAAAGUGAAGUCCAGAAUGGUUCUGCAGAUAUUGAAGCUAGGAUACAAUGUACUUCUGAGUGAUGUGGAUGUGUAUUGGUUUGCAAAUCCAUUGCCAAUGCUUUAUUCUUUUGGUCCAGCAGUUCUCAUGGCACAGUCUGAUGAAUACAAUAAAACAGGACCUGUGAACUUGCCUAGGCGCUUGAACUCUGGCUUUUACUUUGCCCGUUCUGAUGGUUCAACAAUUGCUGCUAUGGAGAAGGUGGUAAAGCACGCAGCAACUUCAGGCCUGUCUGAGCAGCCAAGUUUCUAUGACACAUUAUGUGGGGAAGGUGGAUCCAAUCGCAUUGGAGAUGAUAGAUGCUUGGAACCUGAAACAAAUCUGACAGUUCAUUUCUUGAAUAGAAACCUCUUUCCUAAUGGUGCAUACUUAGACUUGUGGCAGAAAAAAAAUGUGGGAAAAGCCUGUAAAAAGAAGGGCUGUCUAAUUCUUCAUAACAAUUGGAUUAGUGGAAGGAUGAAGAAGCUGGAGCGUCAGAUUUUGUCAGGUUUAUGGGAGUAUGAUAAUAGCAAAAGAAUGUGCUGCAGGGGUUGCUCAGUUCUACAUUGACCUGGUUAGUGUUCAAUUGAUAUUUUCUUGUCCUCUGUCCACAGCUAACUUUGAUUUGUGAAUGAGAAUGGAGAAGAUAAGAACUAAUUCCCUCCAUCUAAGUUACGAGCAAGGUCUUAAAUUGUGGACAUGGUAAUAGUGUAGAUGCAUCAGUAUCUCACGGCUGUAAUGGUCACGAUCAGUGCUAUGUGAAAUUAUGGUAUCGACUAUGUCAAUAUGAUUCAGCAUUGCUGUUUGUUACUGUGCCUUGAAUUUUGAAGCCACCCUCAAGCCCAUGAUUUCCGCCAACACAUGUGCUUGCCAUACAAAGUUGAAUGCUUCACUUUGAAGAAUAGCAAGUCAGUGUUAUUUUUGCAAGAUGAGCAAGUUUACCAUCCUUCAUUGUAAAGAACUUGAAGUUGGCCAAAACUGACUUUGGCACUGUAUGAAAUGUGGAUGUAGCUCUUUGAGAGAAAAUUUUGUUAGAUUCAUUUUCUUCUCCUAGUUUAGGACGGUAAUUUUAUUCCAAUAUUUAGCUAUUGCCGUUACAAUUUUAAGAGAGAAAA